GAAUUCGGAUCGCCAUCAUCCUCGUCGUCGUAGCCUGCCGCCGGUCUCGUGGUCAACUCUGUCUGAAUGUUGUCGUCCCACUUUUUAAGUUUUUAAUUAGUUUAUUGAAAGUUUUUACUCCCAAUUAUUUUUUCCCGGGGCGUGUGUUGCUAGAAAAUGUGAGAAUGUAGUCCAGUGAUACAACUUAAACCCAAAAAUCAAAUCGGUUAUGUAAUCGUUACUUGUAUUUUUCCAUUCCAUUCCAUUCCGUUCCAUUUCAUUCGCAGCGUAUCGUGUUGAGUGUCAAGCUAAAGAAUCUGUUAUCUGUGUACCUUAUUUGUGAUAUCAUAACCAACCGCAACAAAUAGUUUAUAAUAAUCAACCAAUUUUGUUGCCUAAUAAUAAUCAUUUAACAUAAACGCGACUAACGGAAACUGUGGAACAAGAGGCGAUUACAUAAGCACGACCAGCGGCGAAAUGGAUUACGUAACACUCGUGUGGCAUGCACUGUGAAUGAAGAAGCAACAGCCCACUGCUGAGAACGGCAUCUUCGUACUAGCCAAUACGGCGGAAAAUCAAAAUUAGAUGGCGGCCAAGUGAAAAUCCCCCCUUUUUAGCCGAAAGUUAAGUCGUAAAAUUAUUGCUGGCUUCACAGAAAUUAAUCGCCAGCCAAUUCGCCACGCCCAUCGGCACGGUAAGCCGCCGUGAAGUUGCAAGCAAAGUACGGGCAUAUUUAUGCGCACAAGUGAUAACCACGGCACGGUCAACGGAGCAGAGCAUUCGCUGCGCUAGGAACGGUACGGCACGGGCACCACAGUGAGCCAAGUGGGAGAUCCAUAACCGGAGUCAGAACUAGAGUGAGAGCCGGGAGGUUUCGGCCACUGCCACAGCAUCACCAUGAAGGGCUUGACGGCGUUUAAGGAGAAGGCAUCGGGCGUGUUUGGCGGCCUCAAGCCGAACAUGGAGAAGUUCGAGAUAUCUCAGAGCUACCACACCGGACACGGCGGGUACGAGGAGAUGGAGGGCGGCGAGCGCGAGGGCCACGGACCCGGCGGCGGCCACGCCUACGACGACGACGACGACCGGCCCGACUCGCCCGCCUCGUUUGAGGAGAUAGAACGUCCGCCGCUCCGGAAGAUCGACAAGUACUGCAAGGCGGAGUGCCCAUGCAUGCCAGCCCGCUACACUAUCGCCACCAUGGCCUGCGUGGGUUUCAUGAUCGCCUUCGGCAUGCGCUGCAAUAUGUCCGCGGCGAAGCUAAAGGGCGAGCACAACGGGACGGUUUUCAUGAACUGGACGGUUGCCGUGGAGAGCCAUGUGGACUCGUCCUUCUUCUGGGGCUAUCUGGUGACGCAGAUUCCCGGCGGCUUCAUUGCAUCCAAGUUUCCGGCCAACAAGAUAUUCGGCCUGUCCAUCGUCAGCUCGGCCACGCUGCAUCUGUUCGUGCCCUUUGCCAUGACGCUGAUGCACGGCCACGUGGUGAUUGGUGUGCGCGUGCUGCAAGGACUCUUCGAGGGUGUAACGUAUCCGGCCUGUCACGGCAUCUGGCGGUUCUGGGCGCCACCCAUGGAACGCUCUCGUUUGGCCACCCUAGCCUUUUCGGGAUCCUAUGCUGGCGUCGUGGUGGGGCUGCCCCUGUCCGGGCUGCUGGCCGAUACCGUGGGCUAUCAGGCGCCGUUCUAUGCCUACGGGGUGUUUGGGAUCAUUUGGUACAUGUUCUGGAUAUGGCUGUGCUUUGAGAACCCGCGAAAGCAUCCGGCCAUCAGCAUUCCCGAGCUGAAGUACAUCGAAAAGUCGCUGGGAGAGUCCGCCCAUCCGACGAUGCCAUCGCUGAAGACGACGCCCUGGCGGGAAAUAAUGCACUCGAUGCCGGUCUAUGCCAUCAUAGUGGCCAACUUCUGUCGAUCCUGGAACUUCUACCUGCUGGUCUUGUUCCAAUCCUCGUUCCUCAAGCACAAGUUCGGCUUCAAGGUGGAGGAGGCUGGCUUUGUGGGAUCCCUGCCGCAUCUGAUCAUGACAACGAUUGUGCCGUUCGGCGGUAUGCUGGCGGAUCAUCUGCGAAAGAAUGGCAUCCUGUCCACCACGAAUGUGAGAAAGCUGUUCAACUGCGGCGGGUUCGGGAUGGAGGGCCUGUUCUUCCUAUUCGUGGCACAUUCCUCGACGGCGACGGGAGCCAUGUUUGCCUUGACUUGCGGCGUGGCCUUCAGCGGGUUUGCCAUAUCAGGCUACAAUGUCAACCAUUUGGAUAUUGCUCCACGCUAUGCGAGUAUCUUAAUGGGUCUCUCGAACGGUAUUGGCACGCUGGCAGGGAUCAUAGUGCCAUACGCACUGGAUGGUCUCAUACAGGCCAAUCCCACUGGCUGCUGGACCACUGUGUUCACCCUGGCCGCCUGUGUUCAUCUGGUGGGCUGCACUUUCUACGGCAUCUUCGCCUCUGGAGAGCUGCAGCCCUGGGCCGAGCCGCCGGCCGAGGAGCAGCAGGUGUGGGCCCCGCCGGCGGGAGCCAUCACCAACACGGAUCCCAGCCAGGCAGGCAUGAUGGGCAACUACAUGAAGGAGACCUCAUUCGGUGCACCCGAGUACAAUGAGCAGAGCCAAAUGCAGCAAUCAAGUGCCAUUAGCUAUGGCGCCACCGGGCACGUGGCCAACAAUCCAUUUGCCAUGGCCGCCAGUGCACCCAUUGCCGAGGAACCCGCCCCGCCGCCGUACGACGACGUGGCCUACAACUACGACUACACGCAAGGACAACCCCAGCCGGGACAGCCAGGCCAGCCAGGACAGCCAGGACAGCCGUCGUACGACCCGCAGUCCUACCAGCAGCAAUAAAGGAAUCACUUUAGUCACUGAUAUAUAUCAUAGCUCUUAGUUGUAGUUGGAAAUUGUUUACCGUUUAUCGUUUGUUCUUGGUGUGUCGUUAAAGUUAUUCUAUCGCAUUAUACGUUCGGUUUUAUUCCAAGAACUGGGGUCGCUAGUCACAUAUGUAGUUAUAAAUACGAGACACUACAGCUGAGUAAAGUACUAUAAAGGAAACACGUUCAAUCGAAUUUUCAGCAAGGAACGCCACAAGCCACACUAACACAAAGAAACUAUGUACCUAACAGAGAAACUACAUAUGCAUACAUGACAUUACAUAACACUGGAAGGCACUCUCGAUCCGUAACUGUAACUGUAACGAUCUAUAGGUCUUAAGGCACCAUCGCUUCCGCGAAUUUCUAUUUACAAGCUCCAACCGAAAAAACAAAGCAAAAGCAAAAGGAAAAGGAAACAUUUGUGUAUAUCAUAAACUACAUGCAUUAUCCAGACAUGCACCAGGUCUCAAAGAAUAUUACUAUAUAUAAACCGAUAUAUAUGUAUUAUGUAUAUUACUACACUUAAUUAUAGCUACAAAUUGUUGUUAACUAUGCAAAUAUGAAAACUGCAAGUUUUAUUACCGUUGACGAUAUUAUCUCUGUGUGUAUCCAGGCCUGAGAACAUUUUAAUCUUAAAAUACAAGAGAAAAACUAAGCAAUUGUUGAUGUUCGGCACGAAUGAUAUCCAUAGUACAUACUAACUAAUCCGAUAUUCAUAUAUGGUUAUUGUUUCAUUGUUUGUUUAACUUACAUACUUAUAAACACACAUGUAUAUGCAUUUGAAUUUGGAAAACAUGAGCAAGGCACGAUGUAGGUACUAAAAUAUAUAUUCGAGUAGAUAGCAGUACGCACAUAUAACCUCAGACUUGGUCUUCAUAUACUCGUCACACACUAGCACAGACACAGGAUCGAUUUCUUAUGGUCCAAAUAAACAGUAUAAUAGAUGUCGCACCAUUUUCUGGCGACUAAUCUUUCGUAACUGCCGUACUAUUGUUUUCUUACAAUUUAAAAAACUUGUCAUUUUUUUAUAGCUGCACUUUUUGUUUAAAAAUUGAAAUAUACUUAGAGCAAAUCCGUUGGCAAUGUCAUACAUCACUUAAUUUUGUACAAGAAAAAAAUGACUGCAUAAAUAAAUUACAUAAAAAUGUUUGACUCCAUUUUGGCGCUAAGAAAUCGACCCUAAAACUGUUUAUAUAAAUUAUUAAACUUUUAAGAGUUUAUUUGGGCUUUAUUCACAGAAAAUCAUUAUCAAUAAACAUGUUUGUAUUUUUCAAUAUUCUGCAUUGCAUAACCUUUCACAGCAUUUUUUGUGAAAUUUAACUGCUGAAAGAAAAGUCCAAAUAAACCCUCAAAACAUCACUAAUAUUAAAUAAUUAAAUCAUGCUAUAUGGAUUAUCAUAUACAAACUACACAUAUUUAGAAAAUUGUUUGUUGUAAAUAUGUAUUAUUAUAAUAGAAAAAUUCAAAAAACUUGCUUUAUCAUUUAAUUUAAAAAAA